AUGGUAGCUAAGAAGAAGGCUCCCAAGAGCCUCAAGGCAGGUCGCCCGCCUCUCACGCGGCCAUCCGGUACCAUGUCCCGAAAGGCCAGCCGGACGCUCAUCAACAAGCAUCACCAACUUGACAAACAAAGACGACAGGCAGCUUCCAAGGGUGAUAAGGCUACGGAGGAUUCUAUUACUGCGGAAAUGGAGACCCUCGGCGGAAUAUCAUUGUACCAGCAGGCUAGUCUACAAGGCCAAAGUACGGAGCGAGGGGGGGACACGUCUAGACUGCUACUUGAAUGGCUUCCCGUGGCUGACUUGAAAGGAUCGGGCCGCAAGCUGCGGUUGCUGGAAGUUGGUUCCCUGAGUACCAGAAAUGCUUGCUCCCUGAGCGGCUUGUUUGACCCAGUGCACAUCGACCUCAACAGCCAAGAGCCCGGCAUUUUGCAGCAAGAUUUCAUGGACAGACCAGUGCCAAUGGACGAUACGGGCCGCUUUGAUGUCCUAUCUUUGAGUCUGGUCUUGAACUUUGUGCCAGAUGCCGCCCUACGGGGUGAGAUGCUCAAGCGCACCCUCGAGUUCCUCCGUAGUAACCCCCCGGAUGACUCUGGCGCGGCUGACGAGAGUUUGUUCCCUUGCCUAUUCACAGUUCUACCACGAAAUUGUCUGGACAACUCUCGCUAUUUUACAGAAGCAAGAUUUGAAUAUAUCAUGGGGAUGUUGGGAUACUCGAUGAUGCGGAAGAAGACGACGCUGAAGCUUGCGUACAACCUGUGGAGGAAGGUUGGCGGAGUGAAUAUCACCAACGUCCCAAAGAAAGAAAUCAACCCUGGCCGAACCAGGAACAACUUUGUCAUAACGUUGCAACAUUGA